GUGGUCGAUGCAAUCAGUUGUUUUCGAGCUUACGAACGUACAAGUGUUGUCUUUCUGUUUCUGUCGGUUGUUUUCGUUCGAUCGUUGAGGCGAGAAUCAAAUAACAUCGAUCGACUAGUGCUUGUAAAGCAGUUUUCGGCGUGAUUCGUGCGUGUGAACGUUCAGUGGUUUCCGUUAAUUUUCUUGUCGCGAAGUACAUGCUUCCGGAGUGACGGAGUAUUCUGCUAAAUCGAAGAAUGUUGGAUCGCGAUACUGCGAUACAUCUCGUCGCCGGAGGAGUGGCUGGCACAGCGGGUGCAAUAGUCACAUGUCCCUUGGAAGUGGUCAAAACACGUCUACAGUCUUCCUCGUCUGGUUUUUACCCGCCGCCAAUCAACAAGGAGCUGACUUCCGGUCAUGUUACGUGCAAAAGCCUUCUGAAAUCAGAACAGAGGAGAAGAUUAUGCACCGGGGGCUAUACUAGACAUGACCUGGUCGCCCUAUCGCACUUCGGUGUCCCGACUCCUCCUGGCUGCUCUCCACGGUCCCACUCGACCCCAGGUAUCUAUCAAUGCAUACGAUACAUCGUCGAAAACGAAGGGACUCGUGCCCUGUUCAAAGGGCUCGGCCCGAACCUCGUAGGCGUUGCGCCUUCAAGAGCAAUUUACUUUUGCGCCUACUCGAAGAGCAAGAUCGCCUUCAACUCAGUUUUACCCCCGGACACGCCGAUCGUUCACGUAUGCUCUGCAUUCUGCGCUGGUUUCGUAGCAUGCACGCUGACAAAUCCCAUUUGGUUCGUGAAAACCAGGCUACAGCUGGACGACCGAACGAACAGAAUCACCGCGAUGGAAUGCGUGCACAGGAUAUAUCGCCAAUCGGGUAUCCUGGGAUUCUACAAAGGCAUCGUGGCCUCCUACGUAGGAAUAAGCGAGACUGUGAUACACUUCGUGAUCUACGAGGCUGUGAAAGCUUGGCUUGCGACGCACAGGUCCAGGGUGUCUAGGCCAGACGACAGGAAAACGUUGCGCGACUUUAUCGAGUUCAUGGCAGCAGGAUCUUUCUCGAAAACUAUCGCGUCCACCAUCGCCUACCCACAUGAGGUAGCGAGGACACGACUGAGAGAGGAAGGUACAAAGUACCAAAGGUUCUGGCAAACUCUGAGGACGGUCGUCGCUGAAGAGGGUACGAACGGUCUGUACCGCGGGCUGGGCACCCAUCUGAUCAGGCAAAUACCAAACACAGCAAUCAUAAUGGCAACGUACGAAGCGGUGGUGUACAUCCUCAGCAGGCACUUCCAUCAACGGCCACGUAGCAUCCCCAGCGCCAGCGGAUCACAGUUCUACGCGGAAGCGAAGGCGAAAAGAGAGCUCGCCUAGGAUUUGCUUACAACCCCAGAAUAGAGGGGUUGACAACUCGAGCUGUAUCCAACGCGAAUGUGCCAUCUGGGGUGGGGGGAGCGUCACUGGGUGGCCAGAAUUUGUUACGAUUGAAGGUAGCAAAAGGUAUCACAGUGCUCUGUAAGUGUAGCAAAAAGUAGUCCUUCCUCCUUUCAGGUAGCAUAAAUUCACACGUGGAAGAGCGCUGUCUAUUGUACCUCACCGAGACACACGGAAUACGAAGGAGGAACCGAAGCUGAAAAAGUCGAGGCAAUAUUACUUCAGAGUGCGCCGCGCUUCGCAGUGAUCGUAGAACAGCCUGUAUCACUGUUGGCAGAGUCGGAGUCGCUUCUGCUAGCGGUAAUAUGGACGACGUGAGCCAUUUGACGUAUCUCUUUGUCGUUUUGGGAGUUCUUAAACAAGAAGAAACGGAAACUAUAUUUCCAAAAUUUUACUUGUUCUUGAUUCGAAAUAGUCGUGUCUCGAAACUUCAUGCAGUAUACAAGGUGGUCUUAGGAUUGCUAGAAAAGUAACGAUCGAUCAAAAUUGAAGAUUCCUGUAGUUUAAAGCACCCAACACAAUGUCUAUCGAAUGCAGCGCUGCGAUCCUUGCAUAGCAGUCUGCGUACAGGCCAAAAAAUUGUUGAAAUAAGAAGCAGGCUGCUGCUCAUAAAAGGAUUCAGUUUUCAUUCUAUUAAUGAAUUGUAAUUUUUUCCGAUUAGCGACCACUCGUAGAACCACCAAUGCAUUGUGAUCAUUGUCUUUUAUUACUCCUUGCAACGCUUCUGAUAUAAUCCAUACGGCAGGAACAGCUACGAAAGUUACAUAUCGUUGAUUUCAGUUGUAGCGUUAUGGUCUUAUAUUACGUUGCCUGUAAAUCAUGAAAAAAUUAUUGUUCUGUUUUGCUUAUAUUCAGCGUUAGAAUAUAGAUGUAACAUUAUUAUUACUAUUAUUGUUAUAUCGUAAUGUAAAUAUGUUUUUUGUUUUCCUACCUUAGUCACGUUAAAACGAAGAGAUAAUUAGGUAGAACUUUUGAGAGACGGUUGAUACACGUGAAUCGUUGAUUAAGAAAAAUCAUUAAAAAAAGAAACAGUUUGUUAUAAGCGCAUAAAAAUAAACAGAAAUGUAAAUAAAAUAUAUUGAUUUUUAAUUGCUUGUACCAUGUAAAUCUUCAGGAAUCUUCUGAUAAGUUGAAACCGAUGAUUCUAUAAUAAUUAAGUAGUAAUAGGUGUUGUGUAUAUACAAUAAAUCGUGAUAUAUCUAUCUGUAGAUUUGCAACCGUUUGUACUUUUUCGAGUGCGAUAAGUGCGCUUUAUUACGUCACCAAAUAAAAUGAGAGAAAAGAUUUUGUAUAAAGAGGGAAGUAUUAGUUGCCAUCUUGUUUUCUUAACUGUUCCAGCAUACACUUAGCGAAAAUACAUUGUUAGAAGUGAUCCGUCGAUGAAGAAAUAAACCUUAAAGAUAUAAGAAUGUAAGAAGAUUAAUGAUGUUUUGUUACCAAGCUUCUAUCAUUCGCGUGUAGUAUUUGUAAAUUUGAUUACGUUGUCCGUUGCAAGGUACCGAUUGAUAAGUAUCAACAGAGAUGUAACAUAUAAAAUGUUUAUAAUUUUUAUAUUCGCCUUGACGUUUCUCGCGCACUGGAUUACAUUUCUUUACGUUCCUUGGCUCGCUAUUUGUAGUACAUUCGACGACACAGGUUUCUUGCUAACUAGUCUACGAAACGCUGUCCGAUAAGAAUCCUAUUUCUAUGUUUCGUCGAAUCAUUAAUACAAGAACUCCUUACGCCAAGGAAUAGGCAAGCGAUAAAUUCAACUAUAUUGUGUAAGCCGUGUCCUUUGAAUAAGAUACCCCGACGAUUCUCCAACUUGCAGCUAGCUUCUUCAAAGGUCUAAUGACACGGUUUACUGGUCAUUGAUAGAAGUCGCUAGGAUUAAUCGAUUGAACAACCAAAACACUCGGCGGAGCGCGUUCCAGAUCACUCCUAUUAGUUCUAUUGAUGACCAGUGAACUGUGCUGAUCGUAACCAAGCUGUAUAACCUUUAUGAUUUGUUAGCAAUAAAACCAUGACAUGAGCACAGGUACCUUAAAAUGAUCGAUUAAUAUCAAUGCGUAGUUUGAUCACUGAAGAAGUCAACUGCAAUGUUGACGAAACAUCGGUGUAUGUUAUCCAAAGGACACGGCUUACACACGGAACCCUCGGUUAGUAUCAACGACGAAGAACUGGACUGUGAAAGCCUCAAUAUCUUACAUUUCGAAUUAUAUGUUCUGAUUUGAUUUGUAACGACACACGAUAAUGAUCCGAUGAUACUAUGUAUUAGGGAAAGAAACUGUGAUUUUAAUUUAUCUACUGGCACAUUAAAAAAUUGCUUUCUCACUUCGGUGUUGAAGCUUUUAUUUAUUUUUGUUUUUCAUAUAAAUUAUUAUUUUUGAUUUAUGAUCCAAACUACAUGGAUGCCCCAAGAUUUUUUGACAACCUUCCACGUAUGUUCCAAAAGUAAACCAUAUGUACAUGAAAAAUAAAAGUUUCUGAAUCCUGAAGUACAAAGCAGCAAAAUCGAUAGUGCGUGCAUAUAUGUAUUUAUGAAAAAAAAAAGUAAAGUCUUGUUAAGGAAGACUGAAUAAUUUUUAUUGUACUUAGUAUGCUCCGGAAUUCAAAGUAUGAACUCUGAUAUACCUUUGGAGAAAGUCGAUAUAUGAAUUGUUAAAAAUGUAUAUAUAUAUACAUACAUAUAGGCAUAUAUGUGCAUUAUUCAAUAAAAUCAACGAAUAAUAUUUUUGUA